AAAAAGAGUAUUGGGAAAAAAAAAUAAUCAAUGAAGUGUGGACCAUUUCCAAAUGGAAACGUUUAUCACAAUCAGGGAAAAAUAACAGAAAUAAAUUAGAAGAUGGCUUUGUUUCCAAACAUACCGGGGGUUCUAUAUCUAUUCGUCAACAUAAGAAAAGAAUGCAAGCAACACUUAAACGCCCUCCUACAGGAGUUGAACUUUAUGCAAGGUUGCACACUAAAUGGUCUACUCAAGAAUACAUUACACCAAAGGCAACUAAAGUUAAGGAGGCUUAUGAAAGUGCUAUGGUGGCUAAGUUUGGUGAUGAUACUAGUUGCCACCCCCUCUUGGAUAAUGAAACAUGGUGUGAUGUUUCCGGAGGAGCCAAGAAAGGAAGAAUAUAUGGAUUUGGAUCUGUGUCUGAUCCAGCGAGAUUUUUGGAAGGAACAUCUAGUAUAAUAACAUCCCAAGAGGUUGUCUAUGAACGUGUACGAAACGAGAUGCGUGGGGAAAUGGAUGCUAAAGCUGCAGAAAUAGAAGGUAAACGUCAACAAAUACGUGAGGAAAUGGAUGCCAAAGUUGCAGCAAUAGAUGCCAAACAACAACAAAUUGAUGCAAAAUAUGAAGCAAUGGAGAAGAUGUAUGCAGUCUUGCAAAAUAUGAUGGGAAAUUGAAAAUUAGAGGAAUGAGAACCGAAGAUGAUUGGUGCUAAAAUGUUAUUUUGAAGGUUAAACUUUUUUUUUGUUUGUACCUCUUUUGCAUACUUUGGAUUUCUUGGUGCUAAAAUGUUAUUUUGAAGUUAAACCUUUGGGAGUUUGAUGUUAUAUGGAUUGUUUUGGUUUUGGAUGUUUUUUGAAUGAUACUUUGGUAAACUUUGAUAGUUUGGUAUUGUA